AUGGGCAAUGUUUUGAGUAAUGCGGCAUUGGUAAUGAACAGGGCAUCAAUGGUGAUGGAAAGCGGAGGAUUAGAACACGCCUCAACCAAUUUGGAGGACAUGAAAAAAAAUGAAAGAAGAAAUAAAACAGGACAGAAGUCCAAAGAAAACGGUUCUUUGCUAACUUGUUUUAUUUUUGCUUGUCACAAUGGAGUAAACUCCAUUAGAGGUUUGUUAACAGCUGAGGUUAUCGAGACUAGUACCACAAUAGGGAAUUAUUUGGUUACGAAAGAAAUUAUUUUACAAAUUGACCCAAAGAAAAACAAACCCAUCGGAUCAGAAAUUACUAUAAAGUUGAUGGAAAAUCAAUAUGAAGACUACAAGCAUAAAUUCUCAAAGAAAUUUAUAAAAAAAUAUACAUUAGUUUUGGAAAAUUUAAGAGUAAACAACAGAAAACAGUGCAAGAACCAGUGUAACUGCGCAAAAAAACUAUCUGAUUUUAUCAGUACAAUAAACAGAGUUAAAAAUCCACAACAUCAAACAAACGACAUCUCGUCCAAAUCAGGGAAACCAAAUCCAAGUACAACUCCGAAACAAACUGAUUUGAUGUUGAACAAGAAAAUAGGAAAUCCAAAAGUUGGACUUUCCUUGUCACAUUCUCAAUUUAACAGCAAAAAUUUACAAGAAGUAUCAAAAACAAAUCAACAAACGCUAAUAAGUAAGCCACAACAAGGAAUAAAUCAACCAAAACCAACACCCAACACAACCAGCCAAAUCACUAAAUCAACUACAUCAAAAUCAAACAUCCAAAUGGUCACUCCAAGCUCAACAAAAGCUACCAACAUAACAACUACCGCAACAACUACCGCAACGACUGCAAUAACCAACGCGACAACUACUGCCACAACGAAAACUACAGACGCAAAAACAACCGCAACAACAACCGCAAAAACUAACGCAACAAGGACCCCAACCCACACAACAAAUCAACAAUUUCCACAAAGACCGAAACAAUAA